AUGUUGCCCAAACGCAAGGCUUCCGACCGGAAUGACAUCGACAAAGAAAAUAUUCCCGAGAGCAGUCCGGGAUGGAAAUCGCUCUUCGGAUUCACGACUAGAAGACACCUGCCAACUCUCAUAUUCGGGUCUAUCUUCGCCCUAGUUGCUAGUCUUGUCACGCCGGCACUUGCAAUCUUUCUUGGCAAUGUGUUCGACUCGUUUACCUCUUUCGGUGCUGAUCACACUGAUUCCCAAGGGCUUCAUAGCCAAGUAAUCACGAAUUGCUUUGGAAUGAUUGGACUGGGAGUGGCUGGUUGGUUCCUGAACGGUGCAUACUAUGCUUUGUUUGUUGCAUUUGGGGAAAUGCAGGCCUCCGUUAUUCGCAGCCAAGUGUUUCUAGAGUUGCUAAAUCGCGACGUUGAAUGGUUUGAGGCCAAAAGCGAGGGCUCCGGGGCUUUGUUGUCGGGGAUUCAAGCGCAUAUCCAUGAAAUGCAGAUGGCGACAUCACAGCCACUCGGACUUGUGCUGCAAUACUCAUGCCGUUCACUGGCUUCACUAGGGCUGGGCUUCUACACAUCAUGGAGCCUCUCUCUGGUAACUCUUGCAGGAAUUCCCAUAUUCUCAGCAAUUAUCGGAUUCCUUUCCUCCAAAAUGAAAUUUAGCAUUACAGCCCAGCAGGCUGAGCUCACCGAGGCUUCCAAAGUUGCCAACAAUGCUAUCACCAAUAUUGACACUGUCAAAUGCCUCAAUGGGCAAGCCUUCGAGCAUCGGAACUUUGCUGAACGCAUUGAGAGAUCUGCUACACACUACCUUCGACAAGCUCGACACAAUUCUCUGCAAAUUGCUAUCAUCCGCUGGAUGAUGUUCGGGAUGUUUGUUCAGGGUUUCUGGUAUGGCAGUUCGCUUGCACGUGCCGGGGAACUCACAUCCGGAGAAGUGCUCAGAACUUUCUGGGCCUGUCUGACCGCAGCUCAAUCUAUCGAGCAGGUCUUGCCCCAGGUGAUCGUGAUGGAAAAAGGAAAGGUUGCUGGUGCCGCCUUGAGAUCGAUAAUACAAAGCCGGAGAGAAGACAAAAUUGUGAACGAGGUGAAGGGAACGCGGUAUCCGGAACACUGUGAAGGUGAUAUCGAGGUCAAAAACCCUGACCAAUGUGUGCUCAAACCGUCGAGCUUUUUCUUCCCUGCUGGAGAAACGACGUUUGUUAUAGGGAAAAGCGGCUCUGGUAAAAGUACACUCAGCCAACUGCUGAUGCGGUUCUACUUGCCAACCUCAGGCGAAAUACUGAUUGACCAUAACCCAAUGCAAGAACUCGACACCAACUGGAUCCGCAACAACAUUACUCUUUUAGAGCAAAAGAGUGUUCUCUUCAAUGAGUCUGUGCUUACAAACAUCGCCUUCGGUCGCCAGGACCAUGAAACCAUCACUAAGGAAGAUGUCAAAGAUCCCAUCGAGUUGGCCAUGCUUGAGAACACAAUCGACGGUCUUCCCAAAGGAAUUGACACUUGCGUUGGACCGGGUGGAAACUUUUUGAGCGGCGGCCAAAGGCAGCGAGUUGCAAUUGCCAGAGCGAAAUUACGUGACACGCCAAUCCUAAUCCUGGAUGAACCCAGCAGUGCUCUUGAUCACACCAACCGAGUCGCAGUGAUGAAAGCAAUCCGCGAGUGGCGGAAAGGAAAGACAACCAUCAUCAUCACCCACGAUAUGUCACAAAUCAUGGAACAGGAUUUCCUUUACAUCCUCGAACAGGGUUCUAUUGUGAACUCCGGUUACAGGUAUGCCGUCGAGGUAAGUCCGGGGAGCGAAAAGUAUUUCCAUACCAAAGGCAAUGGUCGUCUGGAGACCAACACCCAGAACAAGAGGGACAUUCCGUGGGAGAGCUCAUCAUCGGAGAGCUAUGACACCUUAAGACCUCCAACAGAUUUCUUCGGACAUCAUCGGUCCAGGACAUCCUGGGCUCAAGGCCACAUUCCCCCGAGCUUUCGCUCUGGCUCGCUAGACUUGACGACGAGAAGGAAUUCGGAAUAUGUGGUCGGGAAUGGGGAUUCCACCGUGCAAGAUUGGAGCCAACGUUUUUCGUUCAUGGCAGAAGGAUGUAGUCCCCAACGGGACUUGAAAGAAAUAACUAUUCCCACAGAAGAAGUCGAAAUGGUUCACAUUAAUGACCAGGGCUUGAACUCGGAUCCACGGCCCAAUGAAUACACCGCGACAGAUCAAUCGGAAACGAAGCGCAGUCGAAGAUCUCAUGGCCGCCGCAAGAAAUCAAAAGAGCAGCACAUACCGAAGGAAAGAAUGACUCCACUCUCUCAAAUUAUGGGCACCAUUCUGUCGACUUUAACGAUGAGACAGCGAAUCAUCCUCUUCCUGGGAUUCGCCGCAGCACUAGCCCAUGCAAGUGCAACUCCGAUAUUCUCAUAUUGUCUGUCGCAGCUGUUUGGAACCUUCUAUGCUGGAACCAACAGUGGACAUCUGACAAUGACAUGGUCACUUGCUGUACUAGGGGUGUCUUUCGGCGAUGGCCUUGCGUCCUUUUUCAUGCAUUACUUCCUAGAACUCUGCGGCGAGGCUUGGCUGGAUUCUUUUAGAAGAAAUGCCUUUGAACGCAUUCUCAAUCAACCACGGGCCUGGUUUGAGAAAGAUGGUAACGGAUCUCUCAGACUCAUAUCGUCUCUCGAUCAGAAUGGAGAAGACAUGCGGAACCUACUAGGUCGAUUCGCUGGUUUUGUGGUUGUUGCUGCAUCAAUCACCGUCAUGGCAAUUAUCUGGAGUUUGAUUGUUUGCUGGAAGUUGACACUUGUUGCUCUUUCCUGUGGGCCUGUCAUUUAUGUUAUCACUCGAGGCUUUGAGGGAACAAAUGGGUUAUGGGAAAGACGAUGCAAUGAUGCGAACAAUAUCGCCGCCGAUGUCUUUACCGAGACCUUUUCAGAGAUCCGUACCGUGAGAACAUUGACGUUGGAAGGUCACUUCCAUCGUAAACAAGCUAAUGCGAUCGCGCGCUGCUUGCUGCUGGGGUUGAAGCGUGCCAUGUAUACUGGCAUACUUUUCGGUAUGGUAGAAUCGACAGUCAUAUUUUCUAGCGCUUUGAUAUUCUAUUAUGGAUCGGUGCUCGCAGCAUCUCGCGAGUUCAAUGUGAACGAUGUGAUGAUGGUAUUCUCGAUGCUACUUUUCAGCAUAGGAUACGCUGCUCAGAUUCUCUCAUGGAUUCCUCAGAUCAACACCUCCCGCGAGAUAGCGACGCAGCUUAUUCGUCUUGCAAACCUCCCACAAGAUGGAUCCCACGAGCACCUCGGCAGUUUGACCGUUUCAAAGCCCACCCCAAUCAAGCUCACCAACCUGAAUUUCCGAUAUCCCUCUCGGCCAAACACAAUGGUUUUGAAGAAUGUCUCGAUUUCCAUCCCACCCAACUCCUGCACGGCGCUCGUAGGACGAUCAGGGUCUGGAAAAUCCACAAUCGCGUCGCUGCUAUUAUCCCUCUACGAAGCUCCGGCCUCCCAAACUGGACAACCCACAGUGACACUCGGCGGUGCAGACAUCCUUCGGCUGCAUGUUCCUACUCUCCGCUCACAGAUCUCUAUCGUAUCGCAACAACCAACUAUUUUCCCCGGCACCAUUCAUGAAAAUAUCAGCUACGGGCUACAUCAACAUUCACCUCUGGCUUCAUCUCAUAGUGUCCGCGCCGCCGCCCAAGGAGCAGGGAUUGAUGAUUUCAUCUCUUCUCUCCCUCAGGGAUACAACACUGUGAUCGGAGAUGGUGGGGUUGGUCUUUCCGGUGGCCAGAAACAGCGUGUGGUCAUUGCACGGGCUCUUUUGCGUCAACCUCAAAUCUUGAUUCUCGAUGAAGCCACAUCCAGCUUGGAUCCAGUGGGUGCGGAGAUUGUGCGGCAGACAGUGCAGCAGUUGGUGGCCGUGCGUCGGGGGCUUACUGUCAUCAUUAUCACGCACUCGAAGGAAAUGAUCGAGAUUGCGAAUCAUGUCGUUGUUCUGGACCAGGGAGCUGUUGUAGAGGAUGGACCGUACCAGGCUCUGGCGAAAAUGGAAGGUGGCAAGUUGAACGCCUUGAUCAGUGACCCUGAGGAAGUUGGUGGUUAG